AUGGAGAAUCAGCAACUAACGUUUUGGAAGUCCAAUUAUGAUAUUGAUGACUAUUAUCCAUUUGCACCUACGUGCCAAUUUUCUUCAUAUGAUUAUUGCGGCUGGGGUAGUGCCGCUGAUGGGUAUCAUUGGCCACAUGAAUUUCCUUUGCAAGAUAGCUAUCUUGAUGCUAUCCCUUUUAUGAAGUUUUAUUAUCCUCAUGACAUUUUGUAUGAAACUACUCUUCCCAUUGAACCAACCUCACUAAGCAUACAAGACUAUGACUUUUCUGAUUGGAACGAAAUCGAUGGUUCUGAUCAUAAACCUGUGUUUUUAUCAUGCAAUGAUGGAGAAAGUGUAAGUGAAAUGAAGGAGGAUUUGAAUGCUAAGAAAUGCAGAGAAGAGAAAAUUAGUAGCAGUGCGAAAAUGUUGUCAAGAACAACUGUUUCUCAAUACUUUUACAUGCCAAUAUCAAAAGCAGCAAGAGAGCUCAAUGUGGGCCUCACACACUUGAAGAAAAGGUGUAGGGAGUUAGGAAUUCAGAGGUGGCCACAUAGGAAGCUGAUGAGUCUGCAAACCCUUAUAAAGAAUAUACAAGAGCAAGGAGAGGCCGAGGGGCAUGAAAAUGAUGAAAAAUUAAGGGCUGCCAUUGAGAUGUUGAAGAGAGAAAAAAGGAAGGUGGAGGAAAUGCCGGAUUUGGAACUUGAGGAUAAUACAAGAAGGCUUAGACAAGCUUGUUUUAAGGCUAACUACAAGAAGAGGAAACUCGUGGGCAUGAGGUUCAUUGAACCUGAGUCUUCUCUUAGUGGUCUAUCCAACAAGUAUUGA